AUGGGGAGGAAGCUGGACCUCUCCAAGCUAACCGAUGAAGAGGCCAAGCACGUUUGGGAAGUCGUUCAACGGGACUUUGAUCUGCGGAAGAAAGAGGAGGAACGGCUGGAGGAGCUGAAAUGCAAGAUCGACCAGGAGAGCAGCAAGAGAGAGUUCCUGACGAAUCAGUCCCACCUCAACGAAACCCACUGCGUCCACUGCCUCCAGCCCUUCAAGUUCCUGCUGAACAGCAAGCGGCAGUGCCUGGACUGCUGCUUCUACACCUGCAAGAACUGCAGCCGCUACAACAAGAAGGAGCAAGGCUGGGUCUGCGAUCCCUGCCGCCUCUCCAGGAUCGUGAAGAUCGGUUCCCUGGAGUGGUACUACGAACACGUGCGAUCCCGUUUCAAGAGGUUUGGAAGCGCCAAAGUGCUGCAGUCCCUCUACGGCAGGCUGCAGCCGGGGCAGGAGGUGAACUCCGCAUUUCUAGGUCUUCAUGACAGAGUUUACAGCCUGCCAGACAUUAAUAGUGAAUGCCAGCUCCUCACCAGCGGUGACAUUGGGGACGACAGCGAUGACAAAGACGAUGUCCUUCGUGGAGCUGAAGCGGAGUGCUACAGCAGAAUGUGCAAGACAAAGCGCCUGCUGUCUGUCCAUCCCUUUGAUUUUGAACUGGACUCGGAGUACUCUGCUCAGUCUCGCCGCCAGUCGGUGCAGCUCUCUCCAGCAGCCAGCAGCCCGGAUGCUUUCCAGUCCUUCCCAGAUUUCCCCAGCUCAGCCGAAGAUGCCUCCCAGAAGGAGUCCAGGAUCGCGGAUGCGGAUCUGGUCUUCCACCACGUCUUGCAGGAACAAGGACCGGGCGUGAGCCCUGCGGAGCAGCACUUCAGCACAGAGGUUCGGCUUACGGUCAAUUCACGGAGAAGGAGCCUGGAAAGAAAUGCAAAACCUGGCAGCCCCUGGAACGAGCAGGCCGGGUCCCGGUACUCUGCAGAUAUGGACACCUCUGAUGAGGACGUGAAGGGAGCCCAGUUCCCUGCCUACCUGCCCCAUCACACAAAACGCCGGAACAGAGCCUCCUCCCAGGAGAACAUCAGCCACUCUGGGAAUCAGAUUCAUGAGCUCAACAAACGCAUGUCCGCAAUCGAACGCAUGCUGAAUCGCUUGGAGGAAAAAAUCCUGGUGCGCUCUGACGAGUCUCCGGCCCCAGAGUCCCAACUUGAUCCCGAUGCCGAGGAGCAGGAGUUGAAGAGGAAGCUGGAGGAGUUAGCCAGCAACAUCAGCGACAAAGAAGUCUCUUCUGAAGAAGAGGAGCAUGAAGAAAAGAAGAGAGUAAAGAAACCAGAGACGAGUUUCUCCAGUGAUGACAUGGCCAGAGAUGCUCGAAAGAGGUCGUCGGCUCAGGCUUUGAGCGAAAUCACGGCCAAAGUACUGAGAGCCAUAAACGCCACGGAGAAAGCGGUGUGUGAGUCGUUGCAUGGAGAGAGCCAGUGCAACGGCGGCUGUGCCCUCCCCGCGGGGCAGCUUCCCAGCCUGGGAGAUGGGAAAGAGGUGGCCGAAGCAUACCGUGAGCUUGAAGAAAACGUGUACCUGACUGCUGGGAAGACCUACCAGCUUGAGAAGACCCUGAAGGAGCUUGAGGAAGGGGCUCAGCACAGCGGCACUACUGACUCGGAGCUGUCGGAGCUGGAGGACAAAGUGGCCUCGGCAGCCGCUCAGGUGCAGCAGGCAGAGAGCGAGAUAUCGGACAUCGAAUCUCGAAUUGCGGCUCUGUCCGCUGCAGGGCUGACAGUGAAGUCGGUGGAAAAGGCGAGGAAGAAGUCAAGCGAGCAGGCUGCCUGCCUCUACUCUCCCGGUCCCACCAGCAGCAGUCCAGGGGAGUCUUUGGAUGACAUUAAAGCAAUGCCCGGACUGCAGGGGUUCAGGAGGAAGUUCAAUAGUCCCCUCGAAAUCACCGGUCCUGACGACUCCUUUGACCGCAACUCUGUUUACCGUGGCUCCCUGACACAGAGAAACCCCAACGGGAAGAACAGGAGAGUGGAGAGGCUCUUUGCGAAGCCUGUGAUGACCCACCUGUCCUGAGGAGAGGGGGACCCUCCUGCCACUGCAUUUCACUGACGAUACAGGACCUCAGCGCAAAGCCUCACCACCUUCCCCUCAACGCUUGCUCUUCCUUCUCCCAUGCCCGUAUCUCCCUGAAACCCCGGACAGGAGGGAAGCCAGAGGCCGUGGGCAGGAGGUCUUGCUGGGAGCUGCUGGGGAGAGGAGCAAGGCACUGGGGUGCAGACACGUGGCCGGGGGCUCUCAUGGGAGGAUGCAGGCAUGAGACCUUGGCUUUGGGCAGCUCUUUGGUACCAGGUCAACCAAGGGGACCAGAGGGGUGCAGGGCAGGAGCGACCUCCUCGGAGGGAGCUGGACGUCAGCGUGGCUUUCCAGCAUGGGGACCGGGGGCAGUGACAUGGCCCUCAAUUGGCAAAAGCUGUCAGCACCUGUCCCUGCUCUCUCCGGGCUGGUGCUGAGCAGGAACAGGACCUGACAGCGGAUGCAGGAUGCCCUUGGGAUACCCCAGGUAGAGCAGGGACCCAGGCAUCCCAGGCUGGGAUUCGCAUCCUGGCGCUGGUCCCGACUCCCUGCGAUGUCCCUUGGAGCAUCGCCUCCCUUCCCUGAGCAGCAAAGCAGGGUGGGGAGCAGUGCUGGCUCCCUCCCAGUGAGCACUUGGCCAACAGAUCUUUGCACAAAGCCAUGCAAAUACCCGCUGAGGCUUCUCACCACCGUGCCUGAAGCAGCUGUGACCAUCUGGGGACGUGAGUGAGGCGAGGCUUGUGGGAAGUAGCGGCAAGAAAGGCUGGAGGGCUUAUUAGGGAUCAGUUUGCUUUUCCAGCUCUUGAAGAUAUCCCCUCCCCAUGUGAGGCUAUAACAGCAAGUUUAGAAGGACUCCAGCAAGCAGAGCGAAGGUGCUUCUCUGGAGGCUUUCCCCGCUCCGCAGAGGGGUCAGCCCGUGCCGAGAGGCACUUUGUGGAUGAGCAUGUCCCCUGUCCCUGAUGAUGGGACUGGAGAACCUGGUAGGACCAUCCGAUCCUUUGGAGGGGCUGUGAUGGCCUUUGCGGGCUGCGGUGGCCCUGGGCUCCUGCCAGGUGACAGCGGCAUUGGUAGUGCCCUCCCCCAGAUACGCAGAAUUGUUUGUUUUCCUCCAACAUUUAAUUCUCCACAUCCACUAACCCUGGUGGAUCAGUGCCUGGCCCCGUACCCAUGCCCAGGACAUCGGGAUGGGGAGAGGAUUGCUUUCUCUUGCAGGUCACUUUGGAGGAGGUUCAUGUUAAAACAUUUUGCUCGGUACCUUCUGGUCCCUGUCCUUUAUAGCCCCCACCUCCCUCCCUCUGCAGUGGCGAUGCUGGGAGGAUCGCUCACAGCUGAGCGGGGAUGUCAGACUGAUGCUGGCAGUUUCCCAUCAAUGGCCACUCGGACUGGGCCAUUUUAGGCCAUUCCUGUGCAUCUGAACUAAAACCACUUUAAUUAUGAGCGGUAGUGUGAAUUCUCAUGCAAGUAACACGUAUGUUUGGCUUUGGUAGUAGUAGAGACUGCUUAACUGCCUAGAAAUUGGUCCUGCGGUCAUUCCAGAGCCGUCUUGUAAGUCCAUAGCCUGGGCUUCCCAGCUGGAAACAAAACCAGUUUCUUAUUUUAAAAUGCAAUCCUUCUGGCCUGAAGUUCAAAAGGGUAAGUGCAAAUUACUGCCGUUGUAGAAACUCUCCCAGACACCACAGCAUUGCCGGGUGCACCUCUUGCUGCUCAGCCAGCCUCGGUGCUAGGAUGGCAGCUCCUUGGCUGGCAGACGGGAGCUCCACCAAGAUCUGGCCAAUGCUAUGGGUUUGCACCCACCCUUCUGGUGUCAGGGUUCAGCCUUCGCCCCAACCGCAUCUCUUGCUGUAUCUGGUUUCAGCCGUAACUCAAGUCCUUCCACGCAACCGCUCGGAUGCUUGACCCUGCGAAGAAGUCCUCGCAGUGAGCCUCAGCAGUGCAAACUAAGGCGUCGUUCAGGCUGUAGUCACCCACGUUGUUAUUUGCCGGUUUCCUGCCCCAUCUGCCUGUGUAGAGAUUAUAUGUAUGUACACUAAAUCACGCAAUAAAGCCAAUUUUGUGUGCAGAACCUAG